GUAGCAUAAUGCUUCACGCAACUGAAUAAUUCAGUCUGAAUUUCUAUUGGCGGGCGAGGGCGCUAUCCUCCCAAAGAAGCCCGCCCACACAGCAAGUCAGCAACUGUCUGCUUUUGAAUUGGUAAGAAUGUCAGUUAUUGCUCUGUUCACGGCGGCUACCAAGCUCGCCGGCGUCUUAGUAACUAUCACCGUUGCCGCCAAUGCUUUUUCCUUCUCCGUCUACCGGAAAAAGAACCUCAAGCGUUUCCGCUCUCCCAUAAACGACUCCGCCGAUGUUCUUGCUCACUUCAAUAUCAAUCCGUCUGAAGGGGAGAAAGGAUUCUUUUUUGGAUUGGCUACAGCACCUGCUCAUGUGGAAGACAGGCUUGAUGAUGCUUGGCUCCAAUUUGCCGAAAAUACAGAAUCACAUGAAAUCCAGCAGCCUCAAACAGCAGAUGCUACUAUGGGCUCUGCUACAGGUGAUGGUGGAUCUCAGCAAGCUCCGUUACCUCUGAGAGAAGCUACCAAGACCAUAAAGAGGAAAAAGUCCCUUAAGAUAGCCAUUGAGGCACAAAUAAGAGGAUUUGAGAAGUACAUAGAAGUGGAAGAGCCAACUCCAACUGAGCAAUGUCAUCAUAAUGUUGCUGCCUGGCAUAACGUCCCACACCCGGAGGAAAGGCUAAGGUUUUGGUCUGAUCCUGACACUGAAUUGAAAUUAGCUAAAAAUACUGGAGUGCAAGUCUUUCGAAUGGGGGUAGAUUGGUCAAGGAUCAUGCCUGAAGAGCCACUCGGUGGACUGAAAGAAACUGUCAAUUUUGCGGCAUUGGAGCGAUAUAAAUGGAUCAUUAAUAGAGUCCGAUCCUAUGGGAUGAAGGUCAUGUUGACAUUGUUUCAUCACUCUCUACCACCUUGGGCAGGAGAAUAUGGAGGAUGGAAACUGGAGAAGACAGUUGACUACUUCAUGGAAUUUACCAGGCUUGUUGUUGACUCUGUUGCAGAUAUAGUGGACUAUUGGGUUACCUUUAACGAGCCUCAUGUCUUUUGUAUGCUCACUUACUGUGCUGGUGCCUGGCCUGGUGGUAAUCCUGAUAUGCUGGAGGUUGCUACUUCUGCUUUACCUACAGGUGUCUUCAAUCAGACCAUGAACUGGAUAGCAAUUGCGCAUACAAAGGCAUAUGAUUAUAUUCAUGAAAAGAGCAAACCAGCGAGUGCCAUUGUUGGAGUAGCUCACCAUGUCUCAUUUAUGCGUCCAUAUGGACUAUUUGACAUCGCUGCUGUUUCCAUCGCCAAUUCCAUGACCCUUUUUACUUUUCUGGAUUGUAUAUCUGACAAAAUGGAUUACAUUGGGAUCAAUUACUAUGGACAGGUAUUGGAGUGUCUAGAAAAAGUUCAAAUAGAAAAACUCUUGUUCUGCUUUUCCGUUGCCUCUUCUUUUAACAUUAAACCCCGCACUUCUUUGACUGAGCAGGAAGUCAUUUGUGGUGCAGGAUUGAAACUAGUGGAGACAGAUGAGUACAGCGAAUCUGGGCGUGGUGUGUAUCCUGAUGGCUUGUUCCGUGUGUUGCUGCAAUUUGAUGAAAGAUACAAACAUCUUAAUCUUCCCUUUAUAAUAACUGAAAAUGGUGUUUCUGAUGGAACGGACUUGAUUAGACAACCAUACUUGUUGGAACAUCUGCUUGCAACUUAUGCCGCCAUGAUGAUGGGUGUUCGUGUACUUGGUUACUUGUUUUGGACGAUCUCUGAUAACUGGGAGUGGGCAGAUGGGUAUGGUCCCAAGUUUGGACUUGUAGCAGUUGAUCGUGCCAAUGAUCUCGCUCGGAUUCCUCGCCCUUCAUACAAUUUGUUUUCAAAGGUUGUGGAAUCUGGAAAAAUAACGCGGGAAGACAGGAAACAGGUGUGGGGUGAGCUCCAAACUGCUGCUAAAGAAGGAAAAAGGAGACCAUUUUAUCGAUCAGUGAAUAAAUAUGGCUUAAUGUAUGCAGGAGGCCUUGAUGAGCCCAUAUGGAGACCUUAUAUAAAAAGAGAUUGGCGGUUUGGGCACUAUGAGAUGGAAGGUUUACAGGAUCCCUUGAGCCGUUUAGCACGAUAUCUUCUCCAUCCUCUCUCUUUUAUAAAGAAGGCAGAGACUCAGAGAGAGAGUGAUCAAUUGACUCUUGAGCCUCUCGUCGCAAACAUCUAGUUACAACUGUAUCAGAUUGUUUAAAGAAUUCUUCUUGAGAAUCCUAAACUGGAUGCCAUUGUAAGGUAUGACUGUAGCAACCACCGUGCCUAUGCAAUGGUUAGGGGAUAAAAAGAUCAUGUAGAAUACUAUUAUUUUUUUGUAGAAAAAAAUCGUAUUAUAUAUAAAUAUUUUCUUAUUUUAAGCCUUUCUGUUAGUAAUUCAUAUCUAAUUGGGGAUCUAGAUUU